AUGAGGCAAAAACUUUCAAAAUGUGUUUUAUCAUUAGUUUUAGUUUGCACGUCACUUUUCGUUGUUGGUAUAGUUUUAUUAAUUUUAGGGUUCUUAGCCUAUAUGUCUGAACCUGCCCCACCAGCAUAUAUUUAUUCAGUUAACCUUUGUGAAGAUAAACCAGAAAUAGACCCAGUAACAAAUUUAACCCUCAGCAAAAUUUGGGUAGGUUAUCAACUUAGAGAAGAUCAAGAUAGUUGUCCAACACCUUUAGAGUUUUCAAACGAUCAAUUUUUUAAUGUACCAAAAGGUGUACUUGGAGAAUCUGUACCAUACGAUAUUAUGGUUUAUUCUACAAAUAAAGUUAUUGGUGAAGAAUUUCAAUUAUCAUUUUAUGAAAAUGCAGAAAAAUCAUAUGCCUCUUUCGAAACUACCAAUAAACCAUUUAGUCUUUAUCCAAAAGUAGAUUUUGCAAUUUGUGGUGGUAAACAAAUUAAAAUGUAUAGAGAUGGUCCACCAAAUGAAGAUGAUGGUGAUUUAAUUUCAAACUUUGAAGAUUGUAAAAAUACUACCUCAGGUUGUAUUUAUGAACCAGCUAGAUCUCUUAGUAGUUAUGAUUUAUCUGAAUUUAAACCAAUUCAUUUAACAGACAUUCCAGCAAGUGGAUCUAAAUUUAAAGUUUCAGCAAGAUUAAAGAUUCCAAUUAAAGAUGAAGGCUCAAAUGGUAAAGAUUUCAUUCCAGAACUUUAUGUCGAAUUUAAAGUUGGUGGCAGAGGCCCAGAACAAGAUAAAGGUUUAAUUUUAUUAAUUAUUGGUGGUGUUUUAGCCGAUACAAUGCCUGCCACAUUAUAUUUCUUAUUACAAAAAUAUCACUUUAAAAAACAAAAAAAUUUUGAACAUGACACAACCGGAAUACCGUUAAUGGAAAUGGAUCAAUAA